AUGGCGGACGAUAUCUCACGAAACAACGACCGCAUCGAGGUCGAGGUCGAGAAGGAACGCAUCGAAAACCUCGAGCAUGUGGCCGAGCAGCAGAAUGUCCUCCCUCAUAUCGACCCGGCUCGGCGAGCCGUCGUCGAGAAGAGCCUCAAACGCAAGCUGGACGCCCGGUGCAGUCUGUUCGUGCUCAUCUAUAUCAUGAACUAUCUCGACCGCAACAACAUCUCGGCGGCCCGUCUGAAGGGUUUGCAGGCUGACCUCAACCUCACCGACACCCAGUACUCGACCUGCUUGAGUAUUCUUUACGUCGGGUACAUCUUGAUGCAGGUCCCUUCCAACAUGUUCAUCAACCGCAUCCAGCGGCCUUCGAUCUACAUUGCCAUCGCGAUGACUCUGUGGGGUCUGGUCUCGACCUGCUCCGGACUCGCAGGAAACUUCUCCCAGAUGGCGGCUAUCCGUUUCCUGCUGGGCUUCGUCGAGGCUGCCUUCCUUCCCGGUGCCCUCCUUAUUCUCUCCAAGUGGUACACCCGCAAGGAGCUGACCACCCGGAAUGCCAUUUUGUUCUGUGGAAACCUCAUCUCAAAUGCCUUUUCGUCGCUCGUCGCUGCUGGUGUUCUGUCUAACAUGCAGGGCGUGCUGGGCCAUCCCGCAUGGCGCUGGCUGUUCUGGAUCGAGGGUGCCAUCACCAUGGCCAUUGCCGUCUCCUCUGCCUUCAUCCUGCCGGACCUGCCCACCAAUUCACGCGGCUUCACUGAAGAGGAGCUUCUCGUGGCGCAGCUGCGACUUCUGGAGGAUGUCGGCGAGGCUGAUACCGAUUCCGAGGAGCAAAGCCCCUUUGCCGGUCUUAUCAUGUCCCUCAAGGACUUCAAGAUCUACAUAAUGAUGUUGUCCUUCACUGCCUACGUCGUGGGAUUGUCCUUCAACGCCUUCUUCCCUACCCUCACCGGUACUCUCGGCUUUUCCUACGUCCCCACGCUGCUGAUGAGUGCUCCCCCAUGGGUCUUCUCCUGCAUCUUUUCCGUCAUCAACGCCUGGCACGCGGACAGAACCCAAGAAAAGAUCUGGCACAUCUACGGGCCCAUUUUUAUGGGUCUCGUCGGCUUCAUCAUCAGCAUGUCGACCCUGAACGUCGCCGCCCGCUACCUCGCCCUCUUCCUGCAGGCAGGCUCCUACGCAGGCUUCAUCUUCGUCUUUCCCGCGACCCCCGCCAAGCGUGCCGUCGCACUGGCCCUCGUCAAUGCCUUCAGUCAACUCGGUAACGUCGCCGGCUCGUACGUGUGGAACCUCUCCGAGAACGGGUACCGCAAGAGCUAUGGAAUCGUCACAGCCAUGUAUGGCGUCACGAUUGUCGGCUUCUGGGCGUUCCGCAUGAUUCUUGUUCGCCUUAACAAGCGGCUUGAAGAGAAGGAGGCGGAGUGGGAUGCAGGUCAUGCUGAUGCGCAGACUGGUGAUGUUGUCUUCAUGGAGAGUGCAGAUGAGUCGCUGCGCAUGCGUAAGGGAUUCAGAUAUCUGGUCUAG